UCCUACUCUCUCUCUUCCGGCUGUGGAAUCCCACAAUCCAUGGCUUUCUCUUCAAAGUUGUCUCGCUCUAAAACACUCUUCUCUUUUCUCCGGCAAUCUCGUCAGCUCCACUCGACGCCCAAGUCAACCGGUGAUGUCACCGUGAUUUCUCCGGAGAAGGGACGCCGGAGACUCCCAAUUUGGUGGUCGAGCUCUCUUCUUCCAUUGGCAAUAGCUGCUUCCGCCUCUUCUUACGCGUUCCUGAAUCAGUCUCAUCCUUCUAUCAGCGAUUCAUCAUCGGCUUUGGAUUCUAGAGAUGUAACUAUUGGUGGGAAAGGCAGCACUGAACCUGUAGUUAAAGGGGAGUACAAGGAAGUCCCUAAGGAGCUUAUUACUCAAUUGAAAACAAUCCUCGAGGAUAACCUGACAACGGACUACGACGAGAGGUAUUUUCAUGGGAAGCCUCAGAACAGUUUUCACAAGGCAGUUAACAUUCCUGAUGUUGUUGUUUUCCCGAGGUCCGAAGAAGAAGUUUCCAAGAUUCUUAAAUCCUGCAAUGAAUAUAAGGUUCCUAUUGUACCAUAUGGUGGAGCAACAUCGAUUGAGGGUCAUACCCUGGCUCCAAAAGGAGGUGUAUGCAUUGACAUGUCUCUAAUGAAGAGGGUGAAAGCAUUACAUGUGGAGGAUAUGGACGUUGUUGUUGAGCCCGGCAUUGGUUGGCUGGAGCUUAAUGAAUAUUUGGAAGAAUACGGUCUAUUCUUUCCUCUUGAUCCAGGACCUGGUGCCUCCAUAGGAGGCAUGUGUGCUACGCGUUGCUCUGGCUCUUUAGCUGUAAGGUAUGGAACUAUGCGUGACAAUGUUAUAAGCCUUAAGGUGGUUCUUCCUAAUGGAGAUGUUGUGAAGACAGCUUCACGUGCCAGAAAGAGUGCUGCAGGAUACGAUUUGACUCGCUUGAUGAUUGGGAGUGAGGGGACUUUGGGAGUCAUAACUGAGGUUACUCUCCGGCUUCAGAAAAUCCCACAGCAUUCAGUGGUGGCAGUGUGCAAUUUCCCUACAGUCAAGGAUGCUGCAGAUGUGGCCAUUGCCACUAUGAUGUCUGGAAUACAGGUGUCAAGAGUGGAGCUCCUUGACGAGGUUCAAAUCAGGGCUAUAAAUAUGGCAAACGGGAAAAGCUUGAAUGAAGCUCCAACUUUGAUGUUCGAAUUUAUAGGAACAGAGGCAUAUACACGUGAGCAGACGGAAACUGUUCAGCAGAUUGCUUCGCAACACAAUGGAUCAGAUUUUAUGUUUGCAGAAGAACCUGAAGCAAAAAAAGAACUCUGGAAGAUAAGAAAGGAGGCGCUGUGGGCUUGCUAUGCAAUGGCGCCAGGGCAUGAAGCAAUGAUUACGGAUGUCUGUGUCCCUUUAUCUCACCUUGCAGAACUAAUAUCAAGAUCCAAGAAAGAGCUUGAUGCAUCACCGUUGUUGUGUACUGUUAUUGCUCAUGCCGGGGAUGGAAACUUUCACACAUGUAUUAUGUUUGAUCCGAGCAAUGAAGAGCAGCGGAAAGAAGCAGAAAGACUGAACCACUUGAUGGUUCACAGUGCAUUGUCCAUGGAUGGAACAUGUACUGGAGAGCACGGUGUUGGAACAGGGAAAAUGAAGUAUCUGGAGAAGGAACUGGGAAUAGAAGCACUACAAACGAUGAAGAGAAUCAAGAAAACGUUGGACCCAAACGAUAUCAUGAACCCGGGAAAGUUAAUUCCUCCCCAUGUAUGUUUCUAGAAUGCCUUCUGUGUUUCUUCAUGUAUGUGUAACACUGUUGUAUUGUUGGUCUCAUACUGUUUCUCUUUUGUUUUGUUAAAAAACCCAAAGUUACAUUGAAGUACAAAACAGCUGAUGCAAGCAAAUCAUAUCCGUUUUACUA